UUAUAUAUUAAUGUUUGUGUUUUUGCUGACUAUAGGAGUGUUUUUCUCUUCUUCUGAAAAAUUACUUGCACAGGAGUGUUUAAAAUGCCACCAAAGAGAUUGUUGUCCCAUUAUAAACUCGAUGCUAAAAGGAACAGACUGAUUACUGCUUCAUGCAAUGCCGAGGACAUGCUACUGCCCCGCAGUAAUUUUACUUUUUAUGAAUAUGAUGAAAAUUUCAAGUUGUUGCAGAGACAAGAAUUCAACAUUCCCGAUCAUUUGAUGAUCCAUGACUGGGCAUUUACAGAUACUCAUUACAUAUUAUUCGCCAACCGCAUUAAGCUUGAUGUCAUCGGAUCAAUGACUGCUAUUUGUGGACUAUCUCCGAUGAUAUCAGCUUUGUCAGUGAAUCCUAGCAAGUCUACCUCUCCCAUCUACUUGCUUCCCCGAUUUCCUGAGAAAUCACCCAGCAAUAGAAACUGGAGAGUGCCAGUGGAAGCACCUUCAACAAUGUGGCUGCUACAUGUUGGCAAUGCUUAUGAGGCCAAAGAUGUCAAUGGAAAUUUGCAAAUUCAAAUACAUGCUUGCAUUUGCUCCUACCAAUGGUUCAAUUUCCAAAAACUAUUUGGAUAUAAUUGGCAAAAUGCUAAGCUAGACCCUUCUGUUAUGAACGUGAAGGAAGGUGGAGAUGAGCUACUGCCCCAUCUUGUUCAGGUUUCUAUAAAUUUGGAUGCUGAUGGGACCUGUCAAGAAAGCAGCGUUGAACCCUUGAAUCAGUGGAGCAAGCCAGCAGAUUUUCCUGUCAUAAAUCCUGACUUCUCUGGUAAUAAAAACAAGUAUGUUUAUGCAGCAAGUUCUUCAGGCUCACGCCAAACAUUGCCGCAUUUCCCUUUCGAUAUGGUGGUGAAGCUAAACUUGUUAGACAAAUCUAUCCAUACAUGGACCGUUGGUGCGAGGAGGUUUAUCGGGGAGCCUAUAUUUGUUCCAAAAGGAAGGGAAGAAGACGAUGGAUAUCUUCUGGUAGUGGAGUAUGCAGUUGCAAUACAAAGGUGCUAUCUUGUAAUUUUGAAUCCGAAGAGGAUAGGGAAAGCUGAUGCACUCGUAGCAAGAUUAGAGGUCCCCAGGCAUUUAAAUUUUCCACUUGGUUUCCAUGGUUUUUGGGUCAACGGUUCUUAAUCCAAUCAGUUAAAAAUGCUAUAUUCUGAGAUCAUCAUUUUAAUCAAUAUAGCUGUGAUAUUCAUUCCUACAGACCUGGUAGAUUCCUGGUUAAGCAAAUGAUAUCUAUGCAUGUAGAUGAAAUCAAUCAUAGAAGAUGUUAGCACAUCAAAUAUCUGUGUUUUUUGGAUUUUAAAAUUUAAAUGUAAGUGAUUCGUACCAGGCUUGUGAA